AUGGAGUACUCAGUACAUCCUGCUGUGGCUCCGGGAAAUAACUUCGCUAGCCAUCUAUACAGAGUCAAAGUACACUACAUCGAUAACAGUUUUGAGAAACACCACAUGUCACUAAUCGUAAAAGUUCCUAGUACAAAAGGAUUUCUGGGUGAAUUCUUGGAAGUUAUGGAUCUUUUAGGGAAAGAAAGAAAAAUCUAUGAUAUAAUCCUGCCAAAUUUCAAAGAGACUUUACGAAAAGAGUUGGGGCCAAAAUCCUUGUAUUGUCCUCUAAGAAAGGGUUUAUUAUUGCAGGACUUAAAAGAAGAAGGCUACAAAAUGUGCUAUAAGUGGACAAGGCUUGACUUUCAUCACUGUGAGUUGGUUGUAAAGACAAUCGCUAAAUACCACGCGGCUUCAGUAUUAUGUUACAACAAUGACACAAAACUUGUAGAGUCUGUUUGUGAAGAAGUUGUGUAUCCUGAUGGAGGUCCUUAUGAAAAUGAGCUUAAGGUGUGGGUUGAAUCCGCCUUGGAAAAUAUCGCAAAGAAGCUGAACAUAAUUAAUGACUGCAAGUUAUACGCGGAUUUUAUUUCGGGUAAAAUAUACCAAAUGUGGGUUUCUGCAAAGAGUAUGUGCAAAAGAAAACAAACUGGUUUAAAUGUUCUUAACCAUAGGGAUUUGUGGGGCAACAAUGUAAUGUUUAAGUAUAACAAUUUUAAUGAAGUUGAAGAUGUGAAAUUUAUAGAUUUUCCCAUUGCAAGAUUCACAUCUCCUGUACUUGAUCUGAUGUAUUUCUUAUGGAUGAGUGCCAGUGAACGUGUUCUAAGGGACCGGCAAGAGGAGCUUUACAACAUUUACUUACUGAACUUGAACUACAAUCUACAACAGUUAGGCUGUGUAGAGAGGAUGACCAGAGAAGAGUUGUUCCAGGAUCUCCGCUUACUUUCUGACUGGGCGCUUCUGUCAAUUUGUCUAUUCAUACCGAAAGUCAUGUCUGAGCCAGAAGAUUACAACAUGGAGGACGAGGUUGGAAAGACUAAGGAGUGCUUUCAAAAACUGCUGAAUGGCAAGAGUUUCACAGAACUGCUGCCUGUUCUAGUUAAGUUAUUCGUAGAUUGGACACAAAGACUUAAAGAGUUUGUUUGA